AUGAGUUUUCAAGGCAACUUGUCUGAAGAUCUACAUCCUGCUUCUGCAGGAUCUUCUGAACCUCUGAUGCGUUUAACGGCAGAGAAUGAGGGAAAUCCCAAUAUGCUUGAUGAGUUAAACUAUGAGCCUGAUAUACCCACUCCAAACUGGACACCGAACUGUUUAUCAACUGUGCCAUAUCAACAUGUCCCAUUGUCUUCAUCUUCUGGUAUGUAUGGAGAGCAACCAUUAGUGCCAUCCUCUUUAGUUGGCCAGCAAGAAGAGCCUUUAGCCUCAAGGUACAACAUAAGAUCACAUUUUCUUGAAUAUAUUAGAAGAAAAACGAGAAAUUUACAACUAUUUAUUCUCUUUCUAAAUUUAUCGGGUUCCUACAGGACAUGUUCUCAACAACGUCUACCUUACAUGCACCCCAGCUCGAGCACUAAUCCACAAUAUAAUAUAUCGCCCGUGUCCAGGCCUCAGUUGUCCUCAAGCUCUUCAAGGUAUCGAUAUAUGUUAUAUGAUUAUAUAUGCACUAAAAAUAUUUAUAAAUGUAAGUUACAGAGAAGAUGUCAACGACAAUGUAACCAACAUCCGUUGGAACGUGGAGAAUCAUCUUCUGUUAGCCGAAGGCAACUGCAACCAUCAUUAUUAGGAACUGAGGGAAACCUUAAUAACCACUGUAUCUCUACUCAAAGUCGUCAUGCAAUACAGCAACAACACGGAAAUAACUUCCAUGUACAGCCAAAUAAUCAAGGUUUAUACAAUCAGAGAAUGAUGGACAGUGCCCCAAGACAAUCUGAAACACUGACGGGAGUCAGUCAGCAACCGAAUGCAAGGAUUACUGCACUUCAAGAGCCAAAUAAUCCUACAAUGCAGCAGCAUCAACAACAAUUUCGUCGUCUUUAUGAUCCUACUUCUACAUUUGGAGCACCAGGCUGUUUGUCAAGUGCAACAUAUCAAGAUGUCCCAUUUGCUUCAUCUUCUGGCAUGCAUAGUCAGCAACCACUAGCGCCAUCUUCUUUAGUUGGCGGACAAAACAAAAGUUCAGCCUCAAUGAUGCUUAAUGCUUCAACUAGAGAAGACAUCGACCAGAAAGUAACCAAUUUGAGUUUGAAGAAUCACCAUCUUCUGCUAAACGAACGGUCACCAUAUGGACCAUAUGAUGAAAGAUAUGAUGCCGGCGGCCAAUAUCUUGAUCCUCACAUGAGAAAAUUUGAGAAGUGCUUGAGAAAAGGAAAAUGA